UCCCGCAUGCGCACGAUGAAUCAAACAGGUGCUACACGCCGGCAAUCGCGAAACGGUUUGUUUCUGUGUUUUGUAUUGCUAGUAGUUGUUCAUCUAGAAGGUUGUCGCGGACUCACGUCAGGAAGGAGAACGUCCUCAUACUCAUCCUCACAACCAGUAGCGAAACGACAAAAAACCGGUCACGUCAUGGAGCCUGCUUUUGAGACGGCGGGACAACAGGCAGGACUAGAAAUUUGGAGGAUUGAAGAUUUCAAGCCAGUUGCUUACCCUAAAAACCAAUAUGGAAAGUUUUACACUGGGGAUUCAUACAUCGUUUUGAAUACAAAAAUCAGAAACAAUGGUCAGAAAACAUAUGAUCUGCACUUCUGGCUGGGAUCAGAAACAAGUCAGGACGAGUCCGGUGCAGCGGCCAUUCUAUCCGUCCAGCUCGACGAACAGUUGAACGGGGAACCGGUUCAACACAGGGAGGUACAAGACCAUGAAUCGCAGUUGUUCCUCUCCUACUUCAAGAGCGGUGGUAUCAGGUAUCUUCCUGGAGGCGUUGUCUCUGGUUUCCAUCACGUGGACCCCAACGCAGCCGAGAAAAGAUUAUUCCAGGUCAAGGGCUCUCGGAAUAUUCGAGUGAAACAGGUUGUACCAAGUAUUUCUUCAAUGAACGAUGGCGAUUGCUUCAUUCUGGACGUAGGAAGAGAUAUUUACGUGUACGUUGGGUCCAAGGCCAGACGAGUUGAAAAGCUGAAGGCUAUCAAUGCUGCCAACCAGAUUAGAGACCAAGAUCACGCUGGAAAGGCCAAAGUUACCAUUGUUGACGAAUUCAGUCCCGAGAGCGACUACACCCACUUCUUUGAAGCCCUCGGUGAAGGCUCCAAGGACGAUGUCCCUGCAGACACCACUGGAGACGACGAUCAACAUUUCGAGACCACCGAAGAAAACCACGUCACCCUGUACAGUGUUUCCGACAAAACAGGUUCCUUACAAAUCACCAAAGUGGCCCACAAACCAUUGGAGUUUUCACAAUUGGACUCUAAUGACUGUUUCAUCUUGGACACCACAGAUGCUAUGCUAUUCGUUUGGAUUGGUAAACAUUGCGACGAAAGAGAAAAGAGAGAGGCCAUGAGGAAAGCUGAGGAGUUUCUCAAUUCUAAAAACCAUCCUAAGUGGACACAUGUUCAAAGAAUCGUUCAAGGUGCAGAGCCAACUGCUUUCACACAGUAUUUCAGAUCUUGGCAAGCCGUAGGUGAACUGCAUCCUCGUCUCUUGAGGUCUGUCAGCUCCACUUGUCGACUUUAUCACUGCCAGAUACGAGGAAAAUCUAACAGGCUGGGCGUUGAAGAAAUCAAGAAUUACGACCAGGAAGAUCUUUGGGAAGAUGACAUUAUGGUUCUUGACGCAGAUACUGAAGUUUUUGUUUGGAUUGGCAGAGGAGCUUCUGAUGAAGAAAAAGAAAAGGGACCAAUUUUCGCAGAGAAAAUACUUGCACACCAUGGCCGCGAAGAUGUCCCAGUCAAAAUCAUCAACCAGGGUGAAGAACCAGAAGAAUUCACUUCCCUCUUUCCGUCAUGGGAUGCGGAUUUGUGGCACAACAUGCCUGAUAUCAGAGAUUUCAUCAAAAAUGAACGGGAAGACUAAAUAUUGAUCAUCUUUCCAUGGUACAAUAUUUUGCACUUUCAAUUUUAACCCAAGUCAAGUCACCAAAACUGAACAAAAAGUUAAAUGUCUGCUUUAAGUGUUCUAUCUCAGUGCUUUUCUCAAAUAGGAUAUAUUGUCAAACAUAUGACAGCGCUUACUUUAGGAAGAGCGCUCAUAGAACCGUCUCAGAGAUUUUUAUGUUUUGCAUUAUACAAAUUUCUAAUAUAUUUUAACUGUCAUAGUUUUAUAUUAUAUUUUUUAUUGUCACUUUUCAAUACUUGCUUGCAAGAUGUACUUUAUACUAUUUACUUAUACAUGAAGGAAUAAAAAUCUGGAAGUAUA